CCCCUCAAAAAACAUCGAUGUUGCAGGAAAGGAAAUGAGAAUCGGGAUCGAGGACAAAGAGGCAAUGUCAGAGUGACUGACAAGCUGAGAUUCUUCCCAGUCAAAGGACCCAUUUUCAUGAUAGACAGUGCUUGUGGCUGGAGGCUCUACAGACAGGGUGCGCCUAUGGAGGCCAAAGACUACCAGUAUUAGCACAGGAUUUCCUUUCCUCCCACGCUGAGGAGGGUCAUGGAGAAGAGAGACAGACUUCGAGGGGAAAGGGCACCUUUGGUUUCACUAGAUAGAGACAUUAAAAUGUGUGAAAUCUGGAACAUGCUUCAUUGAAUGAGCACACAUAGCUCACAUCAACAAACCCCAAAAGUGGCGAAACCAUUUAUAGGUAUGGAGUGUGGAAAGACUUUCACUGAUUGAACACAUCAGCCGACUAACAUGGGCAAGAAAGGAUUCAAAUGCAAGGAGUGUGGGAAGAACUUCAGUCAGAGUGGACACCUCAAUAUACAUCAACUGACUCACACAGGGGAGAAACCUUUUAAAUGUAUGGAGUGUGAAAAGAGCUUCCGUUUCAUUGGAAACCUUAGAAGACAUCAACAGACUCACACAGGGGAGAAACCAUAUGAAUGUAUGGAGUGCGGAAAGACCUUUCGUGAUAAUGGAACCCUUAGAGGACAUCAAGUGACUCACACAGAGGAGAAACCAUAUGAAUGUAUGGAGUGCGGAAAGAGCCUUCGUGAUAAUAGAACCCUUAGACAACAUCAACGGACUCACACAGGGGAGAAACCAUAUGAAUGUAUGGAGUGCGGAAAGAGCUUCAGUUUCAAUGGAAGCCUUAGAAGACAUCAACGGACUCACACAGGGGAGAAAUCAUAUAAAUGUAUGGAGUGCGGAAAGAGCUUCAGUUUAAAUGCAAUCCUUAGACGACAUCAACGGACUCACACAGGGGAGAAACCAUAUGAAUGUAUGGAGUGCGGAAAGAGCUUUCAUGAUAAUGGAAACCUUAGAACACAUCAACGGACUCACACAGGGGAGAAACCAUAUGAAUGUAUGGAGUGUGGAAAGAGCUUUAGUUUAAAUGCAAUCCUUAGACGACAUCAACGGACUCACAGAGGGGAAAAACCAUUUAAAUGCAUUGAGUGUGGAAAGAGAUUUAGUGAUAAUGGAACCCUUAGAAGACAUCAACAGACUCACACAGGGGAGAAACCAUGUAAAUGUAUGGAGUGUGGAAAGACCUUUCGUGAUAAUGGAACCCUUAGAGGACAUCAAGCGACUCACACAGGGGAGAAACCAUAUGAAUGUUUGGAGUGCGGAAAGAGCUUCAGUUUAAAUGCAAUCCUUAGACGACAUCAACGGACUCACACAGGGGGGAAACCAUAUGAAUGUAUGGAGUGUGGAAAGAGCUUUAGUUUCAAUGCAAACCUUACACGACAUCAACGGACUCACACAGGGGAAAAACCAUUUAAAUGCAUUGAGUGUGGAAAGAGAUUUAGUGAUAAUGGAAAACUUAGAAGACAUCAACAGACUCACACAGGGGAGAAACCAUAUGAAUGUAUGGAGUGCGGAAAGAGCUUCAGUUUCAAUGCAAACUUUACACAACAUCAACGGACUCACACAGGGGAAAAACCACUUAAAUGCAUUGAGUGUGGAAUGAGAUUUAGUGAUAAUGGAAAACUUAGAAGACAUCAACGGACUCACACAGGGGAAAAACCAUUUAAAUGCAUUGAGUGUGGAAAGAGAUUUAGUGAUAAUGGAAAACUUAGAAGACAUCAACAGACUCACACAGGGGAGAAACCAUGUAAAUGUAUGGAGUGUGGAAAGACCUUUCGUGAUAAUGGAACCCUUAGAGGACAUCAACGGACUCACACAGGGGAGAAACCAUAUGAAUGUAUGGAGUGCGGAAAGAGCUUCAGUUUCAAUGCAAACCUUACACGACAUCAACGGACUCACACAGGGGAAAAAUCAUUUAAAUGCAUUGAGUGUGGAAAGAGCUUCAGUCAGAAUGUAGCCCUUAGAAAACAUCAACGGACUCACACAGGGGAGAAACCUUAUAAAUGUAUGCAUUGUGGAAAGGGCUUCAGUCAGAAUGGAGACCUUAGAAAACAUCAACGGACUCACACAGGGGAGAAACCAUAUGAAUGUAUGGAGUGCGGAAAGAGCUUCAGUUUCAAUGGAAGCCUUAGAAUACAUCAACGGACUCACACAGAGGAGAAACCAUAUGAAUGUAUGGAGUGUGGAAAGAGCUUUAUUGAUAAUGGAAACCUUAGAAGACAUCAACAGACUCACACAGGGGAAAAACCAUUUAAAUGCAUGGAGUGCGGAAAGAAAUUCAGUCAGAGUGGACAGCUUAAUAGACAUCAACUGACUCACACAGGGGAGAAACCAUAUGAAUGAAUGGAGUGCGGAGGAGCUUCGGUUUCAGUGAAACCCUUAGAAGACAUCAAAGGACUCGCAAAGGGGAAAAACCCUUUAAAUGCAUUGAGAGCGAUAAAGCUUCAGGCAGAGUGGAACCCUUGAUUUACAUUAACAAACUCACACAAGAGACAAACCAUAUAAGUGCCAGGAAGUUAGAUAAAGGUAGAGGUCCAGUUCUAGUGGAAGUUCUAAAUCAACAGACUCAUGUACAGGAUGAACUUUAAGAGCUGAACCCCUACAAACCAUCAAC